AAUAUACAGCAAAUAACGUCGGACAGUGACGGAUGAACGCCGCCUGAAAUGAAACUAAGGCUUUCGCUUCAUUUCCUUUAUCGCUAUUUAAUUAUGACCAACUCGUUCAUGCUAUAUAUAUACUGUUGAGCGAUUCAUACUCCUAUGAACUCUAUAUCGUGGCCGUACAGAUUAUAUACAUAUGUACAACAGUUUAGAUAGUUUUACAACACAAUUAUUAUUUUCGAUAUUAUAAAUGAAUAAAAAAAGUCAUAUUUUUAUUAAGAAAACAGAAUGGGAACGUAUGAAAAGAAAUGAAAAAAAGACAAAUCUCUAUGAUGAAAGAGAGAAGUAUUUCCAGUCAUUGAUCGAUAAGUCACAGGAGAUGAUAAAAAUUUGGCAUGAUUCUGUGCAGGGUCACAUAAACAAAGUUGAAAAACAGAAGAAUCUAAAACUCGCCAAAGACUUAAAAAUGAUACGAGACUUCAAAGCUAAAAAUAAAGUUAAAAAUAACGAUGAAGUUAUUAAAAAGGCAAAGGAAUUAAUAUUUAAGGACAGUAGCUACGGACGACAGUUGAUGAGUGCACUCCUUGAAUCAAAAGUGUUGGAAGAAAGAGAAGCCCAAAUUAAAUUUCAAAAUGAAGUAAGAAAAUUGUCUCAAAUUAAGAACGAAUCAACGCUAGACAUCAAUUCUUUAACGUUUCUAAACGAAACGGAGUUAGGCGAAAACCAAAGGAAACUUAACAAAAAGCGCAAGGAAAAAGAGAUAGCAGACAUUAACAGAGCAAUGUAUGAAAUGAAGCAGUACUGCGAAAGAGAGAAAAGAAACGAGGAAAGGCGGCAAGUAAUAAAUGUAAAUCAAAUUAAACAAAUCAUAAAAAAUGAGACGAAUUUGCAGACAGAAAUAUUACAACGUGAGAAAAAUGAUAUUAAAGAAUACGAACGAAAAACAAACGAACUGGAACAUCGAGCAAACAUUGACAAACAAGAGGAACGAUUGAGAGAAGUGUGGAGCAAAUAUCAGGACAGAAUAAAAUGCAAAGAAAAAGCUGUCUUCGACAAGAUUCACAGAGACUCGAGCCUUAAAACUCAAAUGGCUAUCACAUACAAAAUCAUUGAAAAGUCAAAUUACGAGAAAGACAAGAAAUAUAAUGAUUUCGUUGAAUCCGGAGUUGCAAAAGAAUUGAAAAGAUUGAAUGAACGCGAUCAGAAGGAAACCGAGAGUAAAGCAAACAUACACAAAAAGCGCAGAGCAUUGGACGAAGAAAAUAAGAUUUUGCACGAAUUUAAAAAGCAAAUGGAUUUUAUUAAUGAGAUUAAUUAUAGGAGAGAGAGUCGUGGCAAUCAGCAAUUUCCUAUAAUCAGGGAAAAACCGAAGUUAAAAACAGCAGGAAGAACUGCUCAUCCGGCUUUUCUGGUAACUAACAAACAAAGAGAAAAACAAAUGAAAAUUGAAAAUGAUAAGCCGUGGAGCGGCUUGGAGUCCGCUCACCAACAAUACGCGGAACACGCGACCGACAUCCUGCGACACUGUCGCUACAAACACAUGGCCUUAAAAAUCAUUAAUGAUUACCGAAAAACAAACCGUCUGGAUGAAAAAUAUCUACAAACAUCGGAAUAAUUUAUAUAAAGAUUAAUUGGGUUCCGAUAAAUAAAACAAAAUUCUCAACCAUUAUACUACAUUUUAUUUUAUACUAAACACUUAUUUACAAAACCAUUCCUUAUACUUCCCUUCGCUUAAUACAAUACGGCGUUCCCCUGGUCUAAUGAUUACAAUGUGAAGUAUCUAUUGAAAGAGUCGAAACACAGCUCUACUUAUACAUUACAUAGAAAAUAAAUUAUUUUACAAUAUGAUUUCACGAAAGACAAAGACUCGAAAGCUACUUGGAAUACUAGCAAGAUUUCAUCUUACAUAAUACGAUACUUGGAUUGA